GUUUAAUUGAAUUGAAUUGAAAAAUAGUUAACAGAAUUGUUUGGAUAAGAUGUUGGGCUAUAACUUUGGUCUUUGCGGUUCAUAUUCUGAAUUUGUUCCGACAUCUGAAUCACGCAAAGAAUCGGUUGACAAACAAACGAUUGCUCAGGGAUUGCAAAAAACUAGAAGUGCUUCCGGAUUGGACACUAUAUUGUCUUAUUGUAAUCAAUAUGAAGUGAUGUAUGUCUGCAGUAUUAGAACGUCUCAAAAAAGAGCUCUUCCAGAGGUUAUUGACAACGCCAUUGAAAAGUUUAAACAAUUGGAUAGCGAAAGAAAUAAGAUUAAUACUAACAAUGGAUCUAUGGAUAAGAGUUCAGACAAUAAUGAUAAAGAAUUGAAUUCAAACGAUACGACUGGUGCUAAUCAAACAACUUUGCCAUCGACUACACAAACAUCAGCCGGUGUUGAACACACCAUAACACUGCCCACAACAAGACGUUUCUUAGUUAAAGUGGUUGAAGAGGGUAGUGAACGCUCGCCAUCGAGUACUAGCGUAUCACCUGUUCCUCCAAUUGAGACACCGGUAUUUGCAACCCAAACAACGACUAAUCUUUUACUGCCGACAACACUCAUACCAAAUACACAAAGUCUUGACGCGGAAACUAGAGUUUCACUAUUAAGAGAGUUUCGUGAUUACCAAAAGCGAACCACACAAACCAUUGACUGUCCCGACACUGACACUGACAAUAUGUUUUCAACUGUUCAAUCACCAGAAAGAAAAAGAUCUGUUAGUGGAGAUAAUGAAUUGACAUUACAAAAGCAAUUAUCACUUCCUUUGGGUGAAAAUGUUGGAAACAUUUGUCGCUCUCGGGUUGGUUCGGGCGGAUCACUGGAUCUGUCGCGACCCAGAAGUAUACGCUAUCAAAACAAAACAAUGCUUUUUCUAAUCGGAAAGUCAGAGCUCUGUCUUAUUAGUACUGAUAAACAUAAAGUAGUCUUAAACAAGACAUUUAGCAAUAUAUCCCAUUGUUGUCAAGGCAUCAAACAUAGCGAUCAUUUUGGUAUAGUAUGUCGCAAAUCGACACUUAACACACCCGAGUCUUAUGUAAUUCAUGUGUUUAUGUGUCAAUCGGACAAAUUAGUCGCAGAGAUAAUGUAUUCAUUGAAACAGGCCUUUAGUAACGCUUAUAAAUCAAGUAAACAGAGAAAUACAUACAUUUGUGAGACAUGUCCUAUGCUUUGGUUUCAUAGGUUAUGCUGUGAUAUGGAAGGUGUGAGCGCCGAAAAAGCCCACUCUAUUAUUGUCAACCGUAUGGAAGAGCUGACCACUAGAGAUCGGGAAGACUGUCUCCGUAAAUGUCAUGGAGUUAUGUGUCAAACGGUUUACCAACAAAAUAAACUAUACAUGACUGUCCUCAAGCAAUGUUGUGAAGAAAAACAACGCAAACACCAACAUUCGGGCUUUCAGGAGAAGUCUGUGUUAGAAAAGAGAUUAUCGUUGGAUAAGUUCAAGGAAAAGGCCAAAACAUCCAUUUCCAACACAUUUGAAUCUAUUUUCAAAACACCGGUAGAUAAUAACAAAAAUAGGAUAUCACAUAUAAGGAAGCGAUCAGAAACACUGGACAAUAGUUAUUUAACCAAAUUUAGAGCGAGAUAUUUAAGUCGCAACGAGUCAUCUGAAAGUUUGAUUAGUUCUCCCAGUUAUUCACAGCGAUCAGCACCGGUAGAUGAAUUAUCAUCUAAUACAGAAGAUUCACCAUUACAUUAUCAAAUACGACCUCGAAGUAAUACACUAUCGGAGAUAACAGAAUUAGCAAAAGAUAGCGAUGAAAAAAUUAUGAUUAGAAGCGAAUCUCUGGCUCUUCACCAGAAGCUGCCUGUUUCACAUACCCGACCCAAACCAUUACUUAAUAUAUUUAUGAAAGUUGGUUCUCAGUCUAAGCUUAACGAAGAAUCAGUACAAAAAACAACUAAAUUGGAUGACAAGACAGAUAGCAGUACUAAAGAUGACUCACAAUCAUCUUCUUGGAGACAAUCGAUAUUUAAUCGCAUACACAGCACAUCCAAUAGUAGCAAACAUAACAAUUCAAAUUUGUUACUUAAUACCAAUAAGACAUACGAAAUGAAUGUUAUGAGUGGUCACAAACACCGAUCAAAACAAGAGAUCAGAGAUUUGUGGCGAUCGGCUAUCAGACAACAAAUGCUUUUGAAUAAAAUGAAUAAACAAAAUCAAAAGAUUCAGGACUAUCAAAGUAUAACUAAUGACAAACGCUUGAAACUGGAUUACGAUGAGAUACCCAACUUUAGUGAUGCCACUCAGCUCUGGGAUGCAACCAAAACUUGGGACACUAUACUCGAUGACCACAAACAUCACAAACCUCUAAUAUAUGAUCAUAUUUUGAAUGCAGUGCAUUUGGGAAUUCCCAGAAAUAAGAAAGCGGAUGUUUGGCUAUUUUUGGCCCAUUAUUACAAAACUUGUAAUUCUGAUGACAAUAACCAACAAGUUAUACAUGACAUCCCAUAUCGACAACUAUUAGGACAGUUAGCUAUACAACAACAUGCUAUUCUUGUGGACCUCGGUCGGACAUUUCCCAAAGUUGCUUAUUAUGCACAAGCAUUGGGAACUGGACAGUUAUCAUUGUUUAAUAUACUUAAAGCAUACUCCCUUUACGAUAAGGAAGUUGAAUACUGUCAAGGAUUGAGUUUUGUUGCGGGAAUACUAUUACUUCACCUGAAUGAAGACGAUUCAUAUGAAAUGAUGAAAUAUAUUUUGAUGAAUAGACAACUGAGAAAACAAUAUAAACCAGAUAUGGAUGGACUUCAAAUGCAAUUUUAUCAAUUGACGCGCUUAUUAUACGAUUACAACCGAUCUCUUUAUCAUCACUUUGAGAUCCAUGAUAUCACACCCACCUUAUACUCUGCCCCCUGGUUUUUGACUCUCUUUGCGUCACAAUUUGCCAUCUCAUUCGUGACCAGACUAUUUGAUAUCCUGUUUUUGAUGGGAAUUGAAGCCAUAUUUCGGGUAUCACUUGUAUUGUUGGACAUGUAUUCUAAGGAAAUACUUGAAUGCGAUUGUUUUGAAUCUAUAAUGGAGUUCCUGAAGGAUAGGUUGCCGGUCAUGGAUUUGAUGCAAAUGCAAACACUUUUUGAAAAAGUUUUUACAUUAAAUAUUAAGAAACAGCUGGAGAUCUAUGAAGUCGAGUAUCGGGUAUUUCAGGAAGAGUUGGUUCAUAUGUCCAAAAACAACAACAAUAGUAAUAUUAAAGUUAAUUUAAAACAAAACGAUGAAGUUUUUGUUAGCCAAAACCACGACAACAAACAUGAUAUCCAGGAGCUGACAGCACAGAUACAUGUCUAUCAAAACAAAUGUCUACAAUUACAGUCACAAUGCGAUACAUACAUGAGUACAAUCAAACGUUUAGAGCAUAGGGUCAGGGCCUGUGAGGAUGAAAGGGAUGCACUCUUACAUAGUGUCAAUGCUUUACAAAAACGUAAUGAAAAAUUAGAAAUAAUAAUUAAAAACAAUGACAACGACACCAAUAGUCAAGAAUUAAAACCUAAACUUCGAUCAGAUCGUUACAGUUUGUCAACAGCACCAGUAUUUAACAUAAGUAAACCCGAAAAUAAUAACAAAGAUGACAAAUGUGAUAAUAAUAACGAUGACGAAGAAGAGGGAGUGAUUGUUGUGGACGAGGAUGAGAUCGACAUUAAUUCAGACUCUGAGGCAUCAGAUUAUAAGCUUAAUCGCACACCAAGUGAUACAAGCAAUUUGAGUAUCUAAACAAAAAAUUUGUUAAUUAUAAGACAUUUAAAUUAUAAACUAAUUUGAUUUACAGUUAUGUAAAAACAGCUUAUAUUUUUAUUUUUCAUAACUACAUGAAAUAA